UGUCGCGUCCAAUCAGCUAGCGGCUUUUCAAUCCUAUAAUUUUGGCGGCGGUCGGAAGAUGGCGGAAAAUUUGAAAGCUUGUAGGGUAGCAUGCAUCGCUACUGCAGAGCAGCUGGAGGUGAUCUGUCGAGAGCAGAGGGUGAAGUGCGGAGAGCUGGGCAUCAACAAGAACAACCUGUGCGAUUAUGAGGUGGAAUAUCUCUGUGACUACAAAAAAAAAGUCAUCAACGAUGGGAAGACACAAAUAGUACAGGAGUUAUACUUGGUAAAAUGGAAGGGCUACCCCGAGUCCAGCAACACAUGGGAACCACGAAAGAACCUGAAGUGCAUAGAUCUCCUCAACCAGUUUUGGGAGGACCUGAAUGCAGAGAUGCAGAGACAGAAGAAGCGCGCUGCCCCUCGCCACCUAGACCCCGCCACUGUGUCACAGAUCAUCCAGCGGGCCAAACACAGACAGAUCCUGAAACGCUGGGAGACGCACCUCAACAGCCUGGGCACCCACAAGGGCCACAUCUACGUCUGGAACCAGGUCGACCUGGAAGGCCCGCCUAAGAACUUCACCUACAUAAAUGACUAUAAAGUGGGCGAUGGGAUCUCGCUGAAUGAGGUAUCCGUGGGCUGCGAAUGCACGGACUGCUUGGACAACCCUGUGGAGGGAUGCUGUGCCGGCGCGUCGCAGCACAAGUUUGCCUACAAUGAGUUAGGUCAGGUCCGCAUUCGGCCCGGGUUGCCGAUAUACGAAUGCAACAAGCGCUGCCGCUGCACGAUCGAUUGCUGCAACAGAGUGGUGCAGAAGGGAAUUCGGUAUUCCCUCUGCAUUUUUAGGACUGACAAUGGAAGAGGAUGGGGGGUAAAGACCAUGGAGCGCAUCCGGAAGAACACUUUCGUUAUGGAGUAUGUCGGCGAGAUCAUUACAACAGAAGAAGCCGAACGCAGAGGACACAUAUACGAUAGAGAAGGCGCAACCUAUCUUUUUGACCUGGAUUACGUUGACGACGAGUACACUGUGGAUGCUGCACACUAUGGAAACAUCUCUCACUUCGUCAAUCACAGUUGCGACCCCAACCUCCAGGUAUAUAAUGUGUUCAUUGAUAACCUGGACGAGCGGCUGCCACGGAUAGCUUUCUUUGCUACACGUGGGAUAAAGGCAGGAGAGGAACUCACGUUUGACUACAAAAUGAAAAUUGAUCCUGUAGAUGCCGAGAGCACAAAGAUGGAUUCUAAUUUCAGUCUGACGGGCCUCCCAGGUUCUCCUAAAAAACGCAUGCGUGUAGAGUGCAAAUGCGGGGUACCGACAUGUCGAAAGUACCUCUUUUAGAGGAAGUCACUGCUAAAUAGGAAAUGAAAGAAGAUCACGUGAAAGCAUCCCCAGUGUGGAAUCUUUUGGGAGCUGUUUUGAAAUGCUUCCUUGAAUUUUUAAAAUAUAUUUAAGUGUUUUUUUUUUCAUUUCCCAAACAUCAACCUCAACAUUUUCUGUAGGAUUGUUGUCCUCCAUUUUUAAAUAGUGUAUAAAAUGUAGCAUUACUUUUUCAAUUUGUCAGUUAGAAAUGUAAGUAAAAAAAAAUGAAAUAUAUUUUCAGCAAUUGUUUUAAACCCAUAUUUUAAUUCAUAUUAAGCUUUGACUCCAUGGAAUUCUUUUUUUUAAACGUUUAAAAUGCUUUAUCUCUAUGAAUAGAAGGGAUUAUCUGUUUACUUUUUCCUUUUGUAGUCUUAUUUCUUGCCCUGGUUUUUUAGUAAAUAUCUUUGGGCCGGUGUAAAAUAUCCAAAUUCUACAGUGUCCUUUUAUAAUUCUUUUUUCUUGACCUAAAAUGUCCACUAGGGGGCAAAAUAUUAUUAUUAAUGAACAGGGGGAGUUUGUUAGAAUGAAGAAGGUGGACCUACAUGAAAUGUUGCCUUUAUGAAUACAAAAUGCUAUCUUUUUUUUGUGUGUGUGUGUAUAUAGUCUAACAAAAUAUUCAUACUGUCAAACUGGUCUUUCAGUGACUAUUUGAGCGCUGAAUUUAACAGAUGCAUAAAUGAAUGCAAGUUCUUAAGUUUGGUUAUUUCACAGGUCUGACAACUAUUCAGGGCUGUGGUUCUCAAAAGCAUAGUCGGCCUAUUGUUGAUAGCAGUUCAAACAUUAUUUCUACUUGUGCUUACCGUGCUUUUGGGAAUCACAGCUCAGGUGGUUUUCAGAAGUGGACAAUGAAGCUGGAACGUGUGUGAGGUGGUACAUAAAUUCUGGAUUUAACAGUUUCUCAAAUUAAAACAAUUCAGAAUUAUAUAACUAUCGUUCAACCAAAUCUGUGCAUAUGUACAUAUUUAAAGACUACCACUUGUUAUUUUUAUUGGGUUUUGCAUUGAAAAAAAUAAAUCAAGAUGCUUUGUCAGACCUCUCAUUUCUCACACUCAUGAAUGUGCAACAAACUAUGUUCUUGUAUAUUCAAUUUUAUCAUGAGUUCCACUGCUCUGUGAAAAUAACCAUUUAAUGCCAAAGUUUAACUGAUUUGAGUUUGGAUAAUUUCACAUUUUUGUUGACAUUAACAUUAACAAGCUUGAUCAUUUAUGAGAAGGGCUGUACACAAAAAAAAAAGCUGUGAAAUAAAGAGAUCCGUUUUUAUCAGUUACAAACUUUUUUUAUUUCUACUUUGACAUUGACAAAAUACAGGUAAAUAUUUCAUUAUUUAGCACAGAUUGUGUUCACAACUUUGUUUGCACAUUUAUUCAGUGAGACGACAAAGUAGUAAAAUACGACCUGAUAUCUUUUGUGUCAGGUUUUGGAAAUCAAGGGUCAAAUAUUUCUUAAAAGGAACCGUUAUAUCCUGCUUACAAUGGUGUUCAGUCACCCAGUAACCUGAUGCUGUGACUUCAGUGCAAUGUGUGACCUUUUGGGGUAUCAGAGGCUUGGGGCACGCUUUUAAAGAU